AUGGGGCACAAUAAUGAAACCAACACCCCACAAAGAAGACUGAGAUGCUGGGGCAUUUUCCGAAGGAGAUUUAGCAGCUUUUCUGAACAAGUCAGUUGUGAUGUUCGUUCUUCAGUUUACCAGCAGCGAGAUGGAGAUCCAGUCAGAAGUCAUUUUCACUUGGACACUUGCAUAAGAUACACUCCUUAUGCCAUGCCAUCCUGCCAUCAGAGAAGCAGCUUUCACACACAUGACCAAGGAGAGAACAUGGAGGAAGAACAAAAAUCUCCAGAGAAUGUGAUAGAGAGGAGCCGACAAAAUAGAACCCUGGGGUGCUGGUUCAAGAUCACAAUUCCAUUUGGCAUAAAAUAUGAUGAGACAUGGCUGCUGAAUUUGAUCCAGAAGACAUGCAACAUGCCAUUCAUCCCAGUCGGGUUUCACUAUGAGAAAAUGCAGGCCCAGUUCUUCGUUGAGAAUGCUACUGUUGCUUUCGCAUUGAAGAAUGUCAAUGGAAAGAUUUUGAAUAAGGGUGAAAAGGUGUCUAUCUUUGUCAGCCCCUGUAAUGUACCCCAGAGUAUGCUAAAGCAGCUGAAGCCAGGAAACUCGGAGCAGAGAAUGCUGCCUAUGAACAAGCUGCAUGAUGACUCCCUGCUGUCUCUUGGCCUCCAGAGAUGCUACAUUGACCCUGAUUUGAUGUCCCGGAAGCCUAGAGAUGACAUGGCUGCCUCACUGCAGAUACAUGAACAGACUGUUCCCAGACUUUUGCCCUUGAACCUGAGCAAAAAGAACCCCUACCAGCUGGGUGGUCUGACUGACGAUGUCAUGCAGAAUGCCUGUAGAAUCAAGAACCUGAACCUCUCCAAAAGUGAGGUGAAGGCUGCAGAGGAGUUAGACAGAAACAAAGGGCUGAAACCAGAAGUGAUGUGUGCAGAGAAAAAUUCCCUGUGCACUUCCUUCCCAGAUAAGUCCAGCAACAUGAGCUCCAUCCUGGAAUUGUUCCCCAAGUUACUCCGCCUGGACGGGCAGGACUCACUGACACCAAGUAAUGUUGGUCUGCCAGCUGAGAAGAAGAUACCAUUACCAGUCUGCAAGGUGAGGAGGAGGAUCAAGCAGGGUUUUAGGGGGUGCAUGAAGAGCAGUAUCACCAUAGUCCUGUUUGCAUUUCAGGGAAGCUUCUUUGGAUCUGAGAUGCUAAAGAAUCUAGUCCUGCAAUUCCUGCAGCAGUAUUACCGAAUCUAUGACUAUGGGAACCGGAAGAGUCUCCUUGGUGCUUACCACGAACAAGCCUGCUUCUCUCUGACCCUUCCUUUCAGCCGCAGGGACCCAGCUCCCAGCUUGUGGCAGUACUUCAAAGACAGCAGGAACAUGAUUAAGCUCAAAGACCCCUACAUGCGAUACCAGCUGCUGAGACACACAAACCGUAACAUCGUGAGCACCCUGUGCAUGUUGCCCCAAACGCAGCAUGACCUCAGCUCCUUCCUGGUGGACUUGUGGGUCCACACGGAAACCAUGCUCUGCUUCUCUGUCCACGGGGUGUUUAAUGAAGUGGUAGGAAGGUCACCCUUCUCGGCUCGUGCCUUCACAAGGAACUUCAUUGCUGUCCCUGGCAACAAUUCCAGUCUCUGCAUCGUGAAUGACGAGCUGUUUGUGAGGGACACCAUCUGCAAAGAGUCCCAGAAUGCAUGCUCCACCCCGCUGCCCAUGCCUACCUGCAGCCUUGCACACAUCCCCUUGCAGGAGCAGCAGGAAAUGUCGCAGGCUUUUGCAACACAGUCUGGGGUGAACCUCCAGUGGUCUCCGAAGUGCCUCCAGGACAAGGGCUGGGACAACACCAGAGCUGCACCAAUUCUUGCUCGGCCCAAGGUGACGUCCAUGGAUUCAGGCCAAAUAAUGAUGUUUUGGAUUACAGAAGAGGACGAGCACAAAUAUGGAGCCUGCCAGCUGGAGAGAGUCAGUGAAGAAUAUAAAGAUGGUGCCCACUGGAAGGGCAGUAAGAUGGUGACCGUCAAGUGA